AACUCAACAGAUAUACCAAAAAACACAUCUCCCCUUUCCAAACCCAUCCAUCCAUGGCUGCCAAAAUCUCCAUUUCCUCUUCUUCUGCAACUUCAUUAGCAACCAAACUUCAUAUCCCACCAAAACCUUCUUCAUUUCGAUCCAUCUGUCCACCAAGAACAAACCCACCAAAUCACCACUUCAAACUUCGAGCAAAACUAGGUGGAGAAGACAGCGAACUCGGUAAAGAUGGGAAGAAGAAGUUCAUCACUAAAGAACAAGAGCCAGAACAGUAUUGGCAAACGGCCGGUGAACGGGAAGGAGAGAAUCCGAUGAAGACGCCUCUACCGUACAUUAUCAUAUUCGGCAUGUCGACCCCGUUUAUCAUCUUAGCCAUCGCUUUCCUCAACGGUUGGAUCAAGGUGCCCAUCCGAUGAUCAAAUUGAUCUCGCCUUGAUUUGAACACGAUACCUUUCUCGACCUUUUGGUUAAGAUCGUAUCGAUAGUAUCUGUUCUUAUGAGUUUAACACAUGAAUGUGUUAAUUUGUA